UCUUGGCUCAUAACAGAAGCGAUUUCCACUCAUUCUCAAAUUGAAAGCUUCAGAUUUAGUAGAAUAGUCUACUCUGCAGCAAAUUGACAGAUGCAUUGUAUCUUCUGUAGAACAUAAUGUGUAUUUGAUGUUAGGCAGCAUUGGAUAGCAAGACUCCGGAGGUCAUUUAGUUAACCGGUAGCUUCAGGUGAAACACUAACAAGCUCUUGCUUGUCAACAAAUAUUAGGUUAUGAACUCUCUCGUUAGCUAUGGGGUGUCUUCUGAUUCUGAUAGUGACACUGAUGUGAAAAGAAGUCGUCAACAGGCAGAGAAGGCAGGCGAGAAAGCUGAACAGGCGAGAAAGGGUCGCAACUUUCUACUGGAAUCCGGCUCAGCUUCCAGCGAUUCUGAACGCGAAUGUGAUGAUGAGAAGGAGAAAGAACAGAAAUAUGACACUCGGACAAAGCCUCACGCGCCCAUUCAGGUAGCAGAGGAGCCCAUUCCUCCUGCAUCAUCCACCCUGAAAGCCAACAAGCUACCGCCUCCACUUCUUGGGGCGAGUGGUUUGGUGGGCAGCAGUGUUUUUACGAAUCCGUUUAAGGAACAGGCUGAUGAGCGCCUGAAUGUACUGCAGAAGCAUGUGCCACUUACACUGCAGGCGAGACCUGCAGAGAUUGGUGGUAAGAAAAUGUGCAUAUCUUACAGGAAGGAUGGACGAUGCCGGUUUGGAAGCCGCUGUAAGUAUGCCCAUGACAGUGAUCUCCAAAAUUCAGUCACCUCAGACAGCACGACGGCACCUGAUGAGGGCCCAGAGACCGCUUCAGACCAGGCCAGCCCAACACGGGCACCAUCACAGACCCAUGACUGUCAGACCCCCUUGCUCCAAACCCCGGGGCAAGAAGAGGAUGGGGCAGACGAGGGGCGCACAAAGAAGAGGAGAGUCGGCCUCAGCCAAACACUCAUCCCCCCAAAACGGGCGCUGAAGCAGUAUGACAUCCAGAGGCAGAAGGACAGGGCCACUCCUUUCUGAGAGGAUUGGAUGUUUGUGUAUGUGGAUGACAGCCUGUGGGUUUGGUGAUCUCAGAGCCUUAGUCUGUGUGUGAAAUUGUAAAUUCUGACUUUUCUUCAUUCUCAACAUACAGUAAUAAUUUACAUUAUGGUUAAGGGUACAGAAUUCACUCUGUACAAGAUGGGGUGGGGGGUGGGGGGGGACACGUACCAACAGCCUGGAAUAGACAGGCAUGUGAAAUAUGCUAUUAGUAUAAUAAUAAAUUAUAAAUACUUUACAUAUCAUUACAAACCAUUCACUUCUAUGAUUGUGUUAUGCGCAGAACUUUGUCUUUUAGUGGUGCAACCAGCUAAGAAACCUUUGAUGAUCCUGUGAACUCAAGUGUGUUUGAGUGUUUACAAGAUGUAUUUUCCUCAUGCAUUUACUGUACCUUAACUAGCCAUUAAUAGAAUACAAACAACAAAAAACAAAGUCUGUGUCCAUUUGAAGUGGCUAUUCAGUAUUCUGGGAUGCUCCUUUAGGUGUGAUCUUGUAACCAUGGCUUUCAGGGAUAUGCAGGUUUUUUGGUGGCAUGUUAGAUGUCCCUAAAUCCGAUACCUUGAUAUUAAAAUAUGCUGUAGUAUUAAAUUAAUUCAAUUCAUAAUGGCCAUUCAGACAGCCAAGACCAUAGAGGCCUCUAAAGGGGCAUUCACAUACGUCGCUACUCGCACAUCGCUCCUCGCUUCCGUUAACUGUC